ACUUGCGGUUAGCGAAAACCAAAUACUUUGGCUUCGGAGCUUCUAGACAAUUGACAGUUAUAAUUAUUGGGGACUUAGAAAUUUUACACCCGUAUUUUGAAUUUCUCUAAUAGAUGAGAAAUUCAAAAUACUGGUAAAAUUGCUAAGUCCCCAAGAGGUACCGAACUAUAAGUAACAUAUCCUAUACAUAUAUAAGUACAUAUAAGAUAAUCUACCAAGCGAAUUGAGGUUUUUCAUUUACUGUCUUAAACUCAAUGAUGUAUAAGUUGUAUAUGAUGUAUAAGUAGUAUAGGUACAAUAUAUAUACUUUUCAAAUUGCCCGCCAAAUCCAGAGAACUGUCAAUUGUCUAGAAGCUCCGAAGCAAAGUAUUUGGUUUUCUCUAGACGCAAGUUUUACUCUUUUGAAGGAAGCGGAAGAAGAAGAAAUUUAGUUCAAAACUCAAAACCAAACGCACAAUAAUGGCAAAAAAUGCUAUUUUAUUAUUAAUACAACGAUAGUUUCGCAAAUUUAACAGUGCCAUUAGUAAGUUUUAAUUUAUUAUGCGUUUAAGAUCUUUUAAAACACUACCAUUUUUGUUUGUGCUUCUCCUAAUAAAAAUACUAACAUUCUACUACGCUUCUCGCCUAUUUUCGGGCAUAAUACAGUCGAAUAUCGAAGACAAAAUAAUAACACCCCCGAUUCCAAAGCCUCCAAAAAAGCGUUUGAACGAACUAGUGACAGUCAUCCUAAGAGAUUUUGAAUCCCAUGAAAAUGAUGUGACUUUAACCCUACUUUCCUUCACCAAUGCUUUUGUAAGGAUGCAGAUAUUUGUGAUGUACGAAGAGCUUCCAUACCCUCCUCUUGAUAUAGUCUUAACCAAUAAUACGCUUCCAUAUAUUAAAUUUAUAAAGUUAUCUCCAGAUCUGAGAAGUAGCUUCGUGGAUAAUUACCCGAUUAGUGAAAUAAAGUCUAAAUACGUUUUGUUUGUACCUGAUUCUACUAGAGUAUCUUCCAGACAGAGCUUACAACUAAUGAUUAAUGCUUUGAGCAGAAAUCCUGGGAGUAUAAUUGCAGCUGUCGUUAAAAAUCACAGGCAAACGUUGAGUUGCCUGAACGUGAACCUUAAUCUAAGAGAAUGGAAUUUGCAGUUUGAUUUUAUUAAAAGUAUGACAUGUGAUGCUGUGAUUGGAAAACAUGUUUUUCUCUUGGAGACGAAAACUCUAAUGAUGUUGUCCAAUGCGUUUUUGUUGCCCUUUCCACAUUCUUUGUAUCUGCAGAGUUCUGCGUUAAAUUUAAAGGUGCACAUUUUAAAAGAUGUAUCCUUUCAUGAAGGCAAACCACUUUUUCGCUCCCAUCAUGCUCAAUGGCAACAAAAACAACUGGAAGCCACCAGAUUAAAGAAGUUAUACAAUAUUUUCAAAAUUAAAAAAGUAAUUCGUGAAACAGGGAUUACAGAAUGGUAUGGAUGUACAAAAGAAACAGAAAGAUGUUUUGGAACUGUUAUAGAUGCUAUGCCUUCAUACCUAUACGAAAGAAGGUGGACACCCCCGUGCUGCCUGGCCAAUUUACGAAAAACUGCCAAACAUACUUUCAUCCUUCUUGACGAAACAGGAAUUCGGUAUUGGUUGGAAGCUGGUAGCCUAUUAGGUGCGAUGAGAAACGGGGAUAUUCUUCCUUGGGACCACAACGUCGACGUAGGCUUUAUACGAGAAGAUCUGGAUCGUUGUUCAUGGUUAAAGAUGGCUAAAUCUAAACCGGUGUUGGAUCCACAGGGGUUUUUAUGGGAGAAGGCAACUGAAGGUAACUUUUAUCGAGUUCAUUACAGUAAAACGAACAGGAUACACGUUAACUUGUUUCCAUUUUAUUCCAAAAACGGUACUAUGACAAAAGAUUCUUGGUAUACUAACCAUAAAAAUAUGGAAUUCCCUGAGAUUUUUUUGCAUCCCAUGUCUAGUAUAGAAUUCCUAGGAAGGUCUGUGCCAAGUCCUAAUAAUAUAAGAGAUUUUCUGGAGCUCAAAUUUGGCAGAGGUGCUAUAGAAACACCCGAGUAUCCGGAUCCUAGUAAAUUAAGGUUUCCAUAAAUUUUGUGAUAAUAAAUGUCUGCGCUAAUGUUUUUAACUGAAAAUACAAAAUGUUUUCUUAGUGUAGCCGAUUGGAAAAAUAUAUUGUAAAAAUAAAGAUUUGUAAAAAAUAGAUUUAAACCUGCUGGAUUGUUUAAAUGUAGUGUCUAGAUUAUUUUCACUGAUUUCAGUUCAGCUGCUUUUAAACUUGUGUUCAAAAUUAUCGCACCUCUUACAUUUUUAUUACAUUACAAUUUUAUUAUUUAAGACAAUGCUUACUGCUAAUGAUCAUUGACAUGUGUGGCGCAUGUCAAAUAGUAGGUUAUCUUGUCAGGCUUGAAUAUGACUUUUCAACGCUUCUCAUUUGUUUCGAGCUUCUGUCGUAUGCAUAUGUUGUAUAUUAAUAUUAUACACGGAUUAUAAUACAUAUGGCAGAAGCUCGAAACAAAUGAGAAGCGUUGAAAAGUCCUAUUGUUGUGACCACAUUGUAUUUUAAUUGUCUGCGCUAAUGUUUUCUGUGCGACGUCGGUAUCUUUUAACAAUAAUGCUUUAAUUCUUAAGUCUUAAACUCAGUAUUUUAAUUUUUUGUGUGACCCAAUAAAAAUUUUAUAAUAAAACCACAGUAAAAUAGUCUAGUUUCAGUAAGAUAGAUCCCAACAAGUCAGCAGGUUUAAAAUAUUUGGUUAACUUGGUUCUACAAGUUUUAGAAUUCUAGAUUAGACUACUACAAGGAAAAAUUUUAAUCGUAGUGCAUAUAAUGUUCUAAUUAGAUUUAACAAAUUAUUUCGGUGGCCCUGAUUUAUUUUUAGUCAGAAGGUUCAUUUAUUCAUGGUCUGGAUAGACAGGAACAACAGUUAUUAUAUUAUAAUUAUGCAUAUACAGGGUGUUAGUAAAUAAGUAUGAAAAACUUAAAGGGGUAAUUCUACAUGAAAAAAUAAUGACAGUUUGCUCUAUAAAUGUAUGUCCGCAAAUGCUUCGUUUUCAAGAUACGGGGUGUUGAAAUUUUUUUUUCAAACUGCGAAUUUUUUUAUUGCUCUAACCUAAGACCUUUUAAGCUAUGAAAAUUAAAUUUGGUGUGUUUCAAGAGGAAGUUAUUGUGCAUUUUUUGGCAAACAAAUAACAAUUUUAUAUUAAUCAUUGUCGCGCCUACGGGUAAUGGUCUGAAUUUUUUUAAAGAAAAAAAUAGUACGCCACUGAGAUAUUUCAAAUUUAAAAUUAUUUUUGUAUUCCACGUUUAAUUUAUGAUAAAGAACCUUUCUUGUCUUUUUUUCAUAUGGUGCACCGUUUUUAUGCAAAAAAAUAAAACAUCUUCGCGCGUAUUUUUCAUUUCGUAAUACAUUAUCAGAACUCUCCAAUAUAAUAAUGCCAAACUAGAACAAUAACAGAAAAUAUUUCUAAAAAGAUUUUAACUAUGUGCAAGGCUACAACAAAUGUUCAAAAUUACCUCUUUUAAAGGUGACAGAGUAAUUUUAUAUUCACCAUUGGCGCGCGUACGGGUAAUGGCCCGAAUUUAAAAAAAAAAAAAUAGUAUGCCACUGAGAUAUGUCAAAUUAAAAAUUUUUUUUGAAUUCCUCGUUCAAUUUACGACAAAAUAUCGUUUUUGUCUUUUUUUCAUACGAGGCGCCGUUUUUAUGCAAAACAUAAAAUAUCUUAACGUUUACAAAGUAUUUGAAAUAAGUUUCUGCGCAUAUGGAAUCUACCUCAAAUAAUUUGUAAGCGUUAAGAUGUUUUAUUUUUUUGUAUAAAAACGGCGUCGCAUAUGAAAAAAGACAACAAUGAUUUUUUGUCGUAAAUUGAACGAGUAAUUCAAAAAUGAUUUUUAAUUUGACGUUUCCCAGUGGCGUACUAUUUUUUUUCUUUAAAAAAUUCAAACCAUUACCUGUACGGGCGCCAAUGGUGAAUAUAGAAUUAUUCUGUCACCUUUAAAGGAGGUAAUUUUGAACAUUUGUUGUAGCUUUGCACCUAGUUAAAAUCUUUUUAGUAAUAUUUUCUGUUAUUGUUCUACUUUGGUAUUAUUAUAUUGGAGAGUUCUUAAUAAUGAAUUAAGAAAUGAAAAAUACUCUCGAAGAUGUUUUAUUUUUUCGCAUAAAAACGGUGCACCAUAGGAAAAAAAUACAAGAAAGGUUCUUUUUCAUAAAUUAAACUUGGAAUACAAAAAUAAUUUUCAAUUUGAAAUAUAUCAGUGGCGGACAGUAUGAUGAAUAUAAAAUUGUUAUUUGUUUGCCAAAAAAUGCGCAAUAACUACUUCUUGAAACCCACCAAGUGUAAUUUUCAUAUCUCAACCGGUCUUAAAGCAAUAAAAAAAUUGGCAGUUUGAAAUAAAAAUUUCAACACCCUGUAUCUCGGAAACGAAGCAUUUUCGGACAUACAUUUAUAGAGCAAACUGCCUUUAUUUUUUCAUGUAGAAUUAUCCCUUAAAGUUUUUCAUACUUAUUUACUAAUACCCUGUAUAAGAUGUCCCAAAAGUAGCGUAACGGUCGAAUAUUUCGCGAACUUAACAUCGGAUCGAAGAACUGAAAAAUACGUGUUCAAUAUUUUUCAAAAAUCUAUCGAUUGACACUAAACACGACCCCCACUCCACCCCCUGGAGAUGGGGGGGGGGGUAACUUUAAAAUCUUAAAUGGCACCAGUUUUUAUUGCAUAUUUGGAUUUCUUACGUAAAAGUAAACAACUUUUAUUCGAAACAUUUUUUAGAUAGAUGGCGCUAUAAUAAAAAAAAAAAAACAAUUUAUAGUGAAACCAAAAGUAAAUUAUAGAAACGGUCUAAUAUCUCGAGAAAUACGCUUCCAAAUAAAAAACCAAAAAACAAGUGUUUAAUAUUUUUCAAAAACCUAUCGAAUGACACCAAAUACGACUCCCACUCGACACCCUGGAGUGGGGUGGGGGGUUUCUCUAAAAUCUUAAAUAGGAACCCCCGUUUUUUAUUGCAGUUUUGGAUUCAUCACAAAAGAAUAAGUAAUUUAUUCGAAACAUUUUUUAGAAUUGUUGAUAGAUGGCGCUAAUAAAUGGCUUUUUCCGAUUAUAGCGCCAUCUAUCAUCAAUUCUCAAAAAUGUUUCGAAUAAAUGUUACUUAUUUUUUCAUGAGGAAUCCAAAAAUGCAAUAAAAAAUAAGAGUUCCUAUUUAGGAUUUUAUAGUUACCCCCCCCCCACCUCUAUGGUGUGGGGUGGAAAGUCAUUUUUGAUCUUAUUCGAUAGGUUUUUGAAAAACAUUAAACACGCAUUUUUUGGUUUUUCAUUUGGAAGUGAAUUUUUCGGGAUCGUAAGACCAUUUCUAUAAUUUACCUAUGGUAUCACGAUAAAUCUUUAUUUUCGAUUAUAGCGCCAUCUAUCCACAAUUCGAAAAAAUGUCUCGAAUAAAAGUUGCUUACUUUUACAUAAGGAAUCCAAAUCUGCAAUAAAAACUGGGGGUCUUCAUUUAAGGUUUUAAAGUUACCCCCCGGGUGUUUGAUGUCAUUCGAUAGAUUUUUGAAAAUUAUUGAACACGUAUUUUUCAAUUUUUCGAUCCGAUGUUCAGUUCGCGAAAUAUUCGACCGUUCCACUACUUUUGGGACACCCUGUAUAUUAUAAAUGCUCUAAAAUUAUCCAUUGGCCCUUAGAAUCCUCGAAGUAGCUCACUCAGUUCUGUCGUUGUUCUAUUCAAAACAAUAAUUCUUCAGUUCAUUCAUUAGUUUAUGUUUGUUAUUCUCUAAAAUGACCAAAAUCUCUUACUCAAACGAUACUAUACCUACAAGGUUGCCGAAAUUCUGAACUUGAUUCAACUUAAAACACAAAACAAAAUAAAGCAAGGCCUACAUGUGAAAUAAAACAAAGCUUCAAUGAAAGUAGAUAGUUUAGUAUACAUGGUGACCAAAAAUAAUUAGACAUUAGCUAGGGGACGAUAGGUGACGUCAAAAUGAAGGCUUUUAGCUCAUUUUACAGGGUGUUUCAAUGUUUAAUUUGUUAUGACGACGUGUACAUAGGGCAACCAAAAAUGUGGUUGUGUUGAUAGACAAAUGUCACUCCAACCCAACAUAAAUAGUGGUGUAUACGUUUUUAAGGCGUUUAUGGCACACAUCGUGUUCGAUUUUUCUUUGCUGACGCAUUUUAUUCUUUAAAUCCUAUCGCCUUCUACCUCUAUGUACGUUGAGCGCUGUAGACACUGUAGACUUAAAAUUGUUUUGUCAUGAUGCCAUGUUCGAUUUUUCUUCAUUGCUUUACACAUCGUCCUAUUCCUUUUUCAACGACCCCUCUACAAUCCUGUACGUUAAGCCGUUUAGUCGCCCUUUGACGCCUAGAGGAAAAAGGUUCUUUCACUGUCUUUCUGUCACUCUCUGGCUUCUCACCCUUCAUUCUUUAGUUGUGAGUCACUUUUUCCAAUGGUUAACUGAAAGCAUUUUUUAUAUCAUCCAUUUCCUCUAUCUAAUGUCCAAUAAUUAGUUAUGGGAUAUCCCGUAUACACCUCUUGUAUAUUUAUAAAAAAAGGUACUAUUUUAUUAGAGUAAAACAAGCAUGUAAUGCUAUAUUUGAAUCUGUUUCAAAUUCGAUGUGAAACUUCGUUCCAAAAAUGAUAUUAGCGAUAUAUUUAGUAUAGUAACUUAAGGUUGUAAAAUGUAAUUAAAUAUUCUAACGAUAUUGUCUUCGCUAAAUUUGCACUACUUUUUACUUUUUUGUUAACGUAUAAUACAGCAAUGGUUAGCUGCACUUAAGACUAUGUUGGCGGUAUAAACGCUACAUUUUUUGUUUUUACUCAGUGUAACUUUUUUUCUAUCUCUAACAGAAGAAGGAAAAUCAGCAUACAGAUGACUGAGGUAGUGUUGGGCUCCUAAUACCCUAACGAAAUUGUGCCAGGACAUGAUGUCCGAUGGGGUUACACCUUUGACACUUCACCCCAUCACUACUCCGAGAUGGUCAUCAUCAUCAACCCAUACUCGUCCACUGCUGGACAUAGGUCUCCCUCAGCUCUUUCCAUCUUUCUCUGUUUUGUGCGGCUUGCAUCCAAUUGCCGACAAUACGCUUCAGAUCGUCAGCCCAUCUGGUUGGUGGUCGUCCUCUGCUCCGUAGUGCUUCUUCUCGUGGCCUCCACUCGACAAUACGUUUUGUCCAUCGGUUGUCUGACAAUCUGGCGACGUGUCCUGCCCAAUUCCACUUGAGCGACGCGAUUCUUUCGACGGCGUCCGUUGUUUUUGUUCUACGACGUAUUUCUUCGUUUGGGAUUCGGUCCCUCAGGGAGACACCCAACAUCUAGCGCUCCAUAGCCCUCUGAGUUAUGCGGAUCUUGUUCACUACCUUUUUUGUGGGUGUUAAUGUUUCCGCUCCAUAAGUGAGUACAGGCAAUACACACUGGUCAAAGAUUUUCCUUUUCAGGCAUAUGGGUAAGUCCGAUGUAAAUACAUAGCUCAGUUUACCAAACGCUGCCCAGGCUAAUCCUAUGCGACGUGGGAGCUCGCACGUCUGGUUAUCUCUUCCCAACCGAAUUUCAUGUCCCAAGUACUUAUAAGAUACAGUCUGCUCAAUAUCCAUUCCAUCAACAACAAUAUUACGAUUUAGCACCAGAUUAGUCAUUAUUUGCGUCUUGUUGAUAUUAAUCUUUAGUCCGACCUCUAAGGAAGCGUGAUAUAACUUUUUCAAUAUUAUUAUUGCAUCAUCCAUACGAUCGGCUAUAAGGACGAUGUCAUCUGCGAAUCUCAAAUGACUGAGCUUCUCUCCAUUUAUAUUGAUACCAUAUUCGUUCAGAUCUGCCUUCUUAGAAGUGUGUUCUAAAAGGGUUGUGAACAGCUUUGGUGAGAUGGUGUCUCCUUGCCGUACUCCUCGCUGCAUACAGAAUUUAUCAGUCCAUAUUAGAAUUUAUUAGACGCCGAGAUGGUCGGCGUCCACUAAAAAUCUCACCUCAGGCAUCCAGCCAGAUAUCUGGAUGGAACCGCCGGUUAGGGCAUAACAUCUCUUCUGGUGCCCUGCUAUCACCCGAUUCCCAUUCUUCCUUCCACACAUUCAUGGGGAAAACCACAACCACACGAACCACUAAAGACUUUCAAUCCCCUUCCUUAGCGAGGUUGCCAACGUUCUCACGUCGUCUCUCUCUCAUCCGUCCUAUUUUGAGCCUGCGUCAGUCCUAACCCCAUUUAGAUGCUACUGGUUCGUUUAUGAACUCAGAACAUUCGUAAGAAUCUUCAUAUGAUUCGGUAUUACUCAUGAUAAGAUUUUUUCUAGAACUACUUGAUUAAACAAUUGAAAAAGGUUGAUAUCCAAACAGUAAACCAGUUGAUAGCCAGUGUUGUUGAUGUUAUACUACUUAACAAUAAUCUUGGGCAAAUUUAACGAUUACAGUUCAAUAAUUUUGUGCCAAAUAAUUACUUAUUUCAUAAAAGUUAGAUUUAAAUUUUCUAGUAGAAUAUUUUAUGAUUGUUAAAUGCACGAUGUUUUAGCAAAAUAGAACAAUGAUUAUGCUACAAUAGAACAAAUUAUUUUUAUGUUUAUAACUCAAGCAAUCAAAUUUUGUAGCUAUAUUCUUUAUUCAAUCAAUCACAACUGUCUUUUAGUAAUUAAUUUUUGUGCUAUGAAACCUAAAGGCUUUCAAACUUGUUUUCUUGGUUUCAUUUUGUGUUUUAUUUUUCUAUUGUAUCGUGUACGGUCUAAAUAUAAAUAUUUCUUUACCUCAUUGUAUAUAUAAACUAUGUGCCAAAAAUGCUUUUAUAGAUGCUCAUUUAAUUCGUGUUAUGAAAAUAUGUAGAUCUUUAUUUAACGUUGAAAUAAAAAUUUUAAAUUUA